AUGGCGUAUAUCAACCCGGCUCUGGCAACCCCCUCGCGGUGCACGGCGGACUUCUCCCUGAUCCCGAUCGGAUCUCAAAGCAUCUCGUUCGCCCAGCAGAUCGCCGACAUCCAGCGUCUGAUCCAGCAGUCCGGGCUGAAGUUCCAGAUGCACGCGACAGGCACAACGCAUAACCAGCAGAGCCCUGGAAGAAUGCCAGCUAAGGACCAAUUCAUCGCAGAGGGACCAUGGGACCAGGUCGUCCAGCUCAUUGGAUUCGCGCACACCUUUGUCCAUCAGCAAGGGAUAGCCAGAGUCCAGACAGACAUCCGCAUCCAAACGAGGUAUUCUCUCUCUUAUUUCUUUUGUGCUAUUUAUCAAUUGUGUGUAUAUGCGAUGAUUCUCACGGCUCCUAGAACGGACAAGGUCCAACCAAUGGAAGGCAAUGUUGCGUCGGUGGAGAGGAUUCUCUCUGUGGCUUGA